AUGACAGACAAUGGAAGGCAGUUCUUCAAUGGCUUGAUGAACAUAUUGUGUGAGAAAUUCAAGUUCAAGCAGUACAAGUCAUUCAUGUACAACAUUGCUGCAAAUGGGAGUUACACCAUACUAUCUUGUUUAUGGAGUAAAGUUGUCCUCCCUUUGGAAAGAGAAAUUCCAUCAAUAAGGAUGGCAGUGCAAGAGGGAUUGACUACAGAAGACAAUGCCAAGUUACGCUUUCAAGAGUUAAAAGCACUUGAUGAAAAAAGACUGGAAGCUCAACAAGCAUUGGAAUGUGAUGAUCUGGUGUUUGCUGUAAAAAGACCCAUUAUCACGACGAGGCAUAUGGGAA